AUGGAUUCCGAAGGUGUCAAGAAAGCCAUCGUGCAGGCCACUCUCCAAGAGACCAACACAGCCAACGCCCGUGCUCUUAUCGAGGGUAUCACCGGCAGCUGUUUUGAGAAGUGCGUUCCCAAGCCCGGCACCUCCCUCUCCUCGAGCGAAAAGACCUGCAUGUCCUACUGCGUCGAGAAGUACAUUGCGUCCUGGAACGAGGUCAACGGCACCUACAUCCGGAGGUUACGGCAAGGGGCUGAGGGAAACCACUAA